ACCACCAAAAAUCACCCCCAUAUUAGACUUGGUCUUUCACCAUUAAUCUAUAUUCCUUCCAUCUUUCUCUACUCUUUCUCUAUUUUCUCUCCUUUUCUCUCCUUCCAAUCAAAAUUCUUAUGUGCUUCCUAUUUGGGUACUCCAAGAAGUGGGGAACAUCUUCAAUCUUUCAUCAAAAUGAUCACAAGCUCUUCUUCAAGGCAUUGACACCACCCCCAUUUCUACUUUCUUCCAAUUUUUCCUCCUUUGUUCUCGACACGGUUCUACUAAUCAUUUUAUUGAACUGUUCAUAUUCUAUGCUACUCAAGGAAUAAUUCAGAAUGUUUUUUUAGUUUUUAGGUGAAACAAGAAAUGAUGCUUUGAAGGAAAGAUAUUUUAGAUUUUUGAGAAUGGCAUCCCAUACAAACCAACCAUCAAAAAAGGCGAUUCGAAACUCUGGUGGUUCUAAUAACUCUCAAGGUGCAAAGAACUCUGGUGGGAACAAUGUGAAAUUUGCACGACGGACUUCUAGUGGCCGAUAUGUCAGUCUUUCAAGAGAGGAUCUUGACAUGUCAGGCGAAUUGACAGGAGACUACAUGAAUUACACGGUGCACAUUCCUCCCACACCGGACAACCAACCGAUGGAGAGCUCUGUUGCUGCGAAAGCAGAGGAGCAGUACGUUUCAAAUUCUUUGUUCACUGGUGGGUUCAAUAGCGUCACACGUGCCCAUCUCAUGGAUAAGGUGAUCGACUCGGAGGUGACUCAUCCUCAGAUGGCUGGAGCCAAGGGCUCUUCUUGUUCAAUGCCGGCAUGUGAUGGUAAGGUCAUGAAGGAUGAAAGGGGAAACGACGUCACCCCUUGUGAAUGCAGGUUCAAAAUCUGUAGAGAUUGCUACAUGGAUGCCCUAAAAGAGAAAGGACUUUGUCCAGGUUGCAAGGAGCCAUACAAAGUUGGAGAUUAUGAUGACGAGCAAGACUACUCCAAUGGAGCAUUGCAGUUGCCAGCUCCUGGUGGUGGUAAAAGAGAUGCUAAUAGCAUGUCUAUGACUACAAGAAAUCAAGGUGGAGACUUUGAUCCUAACAAAUGGUUGUUUGAGUCCAAAGGUACUUAUGGCUAUGGAAAUGCUUAUUGGCCUCCCCAAGAUGAUGUCUACGGUGAUGAUGGAGGUGAAGGCGCCCAUGGUGGCAUGCUGGAGAGCAAUGAUAAGCCUUGGAAGCCAUUGAGUCGGGUGACUCCGAUUCCAGCAGCCAUCAUUAGCCCUUACAGGUUGCUAAUUGUGAUUCGAUUGGUGGUGAUGGGGUUCUUCUUGCAUUGGAGAGUGAUGCACCCAAAUGAGGAUGCAAUCUGGUUAUGGCUUAUGUCUGUUGUGUGUGAAGUAUGGUUUGCCUUCUCCUGGAUCCUAGAUCAAGUUCCCAAGCUCUGCCCUGUUAACCGUUCCACAGACCUUCAAGUCCUCCGAGAGAAGUUUGAAAUGCCAUCACCCUCCAAUCCCACUGGCCGCUCAGACCUCCCCGGGGUUGACCUCUUUGUAUCCACAGCUGAUCCGGAAAAGGAACCACCACUUGUAACUGCAAAUACCAUCCUUUCAAUUCUAGCAGUGGAUUACCCCGUUGAGAAGAUAUCGUGUUACAUUUCGGAUGACGGUGGUGCCCUUCUUACAUUUGAAGCAAUGGCAGAGGCGGCGAGUUUUGCUGACUUAUGGGUCCCAUUUUGCAGGAAACAUAAUAUUGAACCUCGAAAUCCUGAUACCUACUUUAGCCUAAAAGUUGAUCCGACAAAGAACAAGAGUAGACCAGAUUUUGUUAAGGAUAGGAGAAAGAUAAAGAGGGAGUAUGAUGAGUUCAAGGUGAGGAUCAAUGGGCUACCUGAUUCGAUUAGACGGAGAUCCGAUGCCUUCAACACCAGGGAGGAAGUCAAAAUGCUGAAACACCUAAGAGAAAGUGGAGGUGACCCUCUUGAGCGAGUGAAAGUCCAGAAGGCAACAUGGAUGGCUGAUGGAACCCAUUGGCCUGGAACUUGGGCUGUUCCUGCUAGUGAACAUUCUAAAGGUGACCAUGCUGGAAUUCUCCAGGUGAUGCUAAAGCCACCAAGCCAUGACCCACUAAUGGGAAAUGCUGAAGAUAAGAUCAUAGACUUCUCUGAUGUAGACAUACGACUCCCAAUGUUUGUAUAUAUGUCUCGAGAGAAGCGCCCGGGGUAUGAUCACAACAAGAAAGCCGGUGCUAUGAACGCCUUGGUACGAUGCUCAGCCAUUUUGUCUAAUGGCCCAUUCAUCCUCAACCUCGACUGCGAUCACUACAUCUACAACUGCAAAGCCAUUCGGGAAGGAAUGUGCUUUAUGAUGGAUCGUGGUGGCGAAAACAUUUGCUACAUUCAGUUCCCACAAAGAUUCGAAGGCAUUGAUCCUUCUGAUCGAUAUGCUAAUCACAAUACCGUGUUCUUUGAUGGUAACAUGCGUGCCCUUGAUGGUAUUCAGGGUCCUGUUUAUGUGGGAACCGGUUGUAUGUUCAGGAGGUUUGCCCUAUAUGGAUUCGACCCACCAAACCCCGAAAAGUAUGAUAAAAAAAAUGAUCAAGGCGAAACACAACCAUUAACAACAAGUGAUUUUGAUCCCGAUCUUGAUGUGAAUCUCCUUCCCAAAAGGUUUGGAAAUUCUACAAUGCUAGCGGAAUCCAUUCCUGUUGCAGAAUUUCAAGGCCGCCCUCUUGCUGAUCAUCCUGCAGUUAAAUUUGGCCGACCUCCUGGUGCUCUCAGAAUUCCCCGUGAGCCAUUAGACGCGGCUAGUGUUGCUGAAGCUGUCUCUGUUAUUUCUUGCUGGUAUGAGGACAAAACAGAGUGGGGAGAACGAGUUGGUUGGAUUUAUGGGUCGGUAACGGAGGAUGUGGUGACAGGUUACAGAAUGCACAAUCGUGGUUGGCACUCCAUUUAUUGCAUCACCAAGCGUGAUGCCUUUCAUGGGUCAGCUCCAAUUAACCUCACGGACAGGCUUCAUCAAGUGUUACGGUGGGCUACAGGGUCAGUUGAAAUUUUCUUCUCCCAAAACAACGCAUUCCUGGCCACCAGAAAACUUAAGAUACUCCAACGCCUCGCUUAUAUCAACGUCGGUGUCUACCCAUUUACAUCCAUCUUCCUCCUGGUCUAUUGUUUCCUCCCUGCGCUAUCCCUUAUAUCCGGCCAAUUCAUCGUGCGAAAUCUUAAUGUUACCUUUCUGAUUUACCUGUUCAUCAUAACAAUUUGCCUCAUCUUGCUCGCGAUACUGGAGGUGAAGUGGUCGGGUAUUGGACUAGAGGAGUGGUGGAGGAACGAACAAUUUUGGCUCAUCUCUGGAACCAGUUCCCAUUUAGCUGCUGUGUUACAAGGCCUCCUGAAAGUAAUGGCUGGAAUUGAAAUUUCCUUCACAUUAACUUCAAAAUCAUCUGGGGAAGAUAAUGAUGAUAUAUAUGCGGAUCUAUACCUUGUUAAGUGGACUUCGUUGAUGAUUCCACCCAUCGUCAUUGCCAUGGUGAAUAUUAUUGCCAUGGUUAUCGCACUAGCGAGGACGAUCUACAGCUCAGUGCCACAAUGGAGUAAAUUCAUCGGUGGUGCUUUCUUUAGCUUUUGGGUCUUGGCUCAUUUGUACCCAUUUGCCAAGGGUUUGAUGGGUAGGCGAGGGAAGACACCAACAAUUGUGUUUGUUUGGUCAGGUCUCAUCGCAAUCAUACUCUCCUUGCUCUGGGUCGCCAUUAAUCCGCCCACAGGAGGGGCAGCACAAGCUGAUGGUGUCGCUGGCAGUACUUUUCAAUUUCCUUGAAGGGUGUCAGGUCGACCUAAACAUUUCAUAGUUAGUGACUAGAAAAAGAAUUUGCGUGUCAUAAUCCCGAAGAGCUUCAAAAUAAUGAUCUACACUAGUUAUUAACCAGUUUUCUGAAAAUAAUUUUUUUUAGUUUAU